UUUUUUUCGAGUGAAAAUUAUUGGUUUUCCACUUUGUGGGAGGUUCAGACAGACGUCAGGCUUAGGGAUCUAUCCAACCAAAUUAUAAAUUCUUUUUUUAUUUCCAACUUAUAAGACUUUUAAUACACAUGACAAAAUAAGCACUUGUUCAACUAAUGUCAAGAUAAUAAACAUUUUUUUGUUCACAAAGCCAUAGUUGAGUAAUCAACUCGAGAUCUGUUGAAAAUUUGUCCCCCGUAAAUGAAACUUGGAGGUAAAGCAACAGGAAACAGUCGCUGGAUGUCAGAUCGGGUGUAUACGGUGAUUGGUCAAGCGAUUCGAAAUGCAAUAGGUUAGUUUUAUACAUGGCGUUCACCGAAAGGGGUGAGAAUGUGCUUAUGCUUUAAAUUUCUUCAAACACGAUCGCUUUUUUGCCUCGAGCAGAAACUAAGUUAAAAUUUUAGUGAGAAUCUCUCUCAGAGAACCCAAUUGAUGAUUGAAAAAGAGUAAAAUAUUUCUAGAAAUAAAAUUCGGGGAUGUUAUGGUGUAUUCGAUAACAUUCCAGACUAAUGGGGAAUAAUCUAUAACACUAUUUAAUAUUUAUAGGGUUCCAUGACCAUUUAUUCGAAUUUGAGAACGUUUAAUUUCAGUAUAUUUUAAAACAAUACAAAUAUUUUUUUUAGUUUCGUCAUUUUAUUAUUUCCGCCAUGAAUAAUUCAUUCAAUAAUAUAUGCCGCUAGCACUGGUCUACUUACGGGUUUUUUUUUGUAUAGUGGUUUUGUUUGUAUACAUAUUCAUGGGGCUAUAUAAAAAAAUUUAUAGAUACAUCAUAAUACUAUUUAUACGGGUCACAGGAAAUUCUUCGACCAAGUGUUAACUAAGGUUAAAUAUUUGUACCCUCGAUUUUAGUGGAAAUUACGACGGGCUCAUAAUCCGAGUAAAUAAUAACCGGCAGGAAUUCAGGUACACGAAAACGCACCGCCGGUUAAUAACACCGAGUAUAUGAAAGUAACCUAGUCAAGAUUUUCAAAAUUAAUUUCACUUACAUGUAAUUGAAUAUUCGAAUUAGAUUUUCAAAUACUUUUAAACGUCAGAUUUAUUUGAAAUUUCGUAUAUUUAUUAAGGACCGAUGAUAAUAUAACAUUGUAUUUGCCAGGAUUACCAGGAUAGCAUAUUAUAGAAUUUGUGGUCUAUAUAGUUUUUACCUACUUUAAAGAAUUAAAUGAAUUCAAAAUGUUACACAUUUGUCCAAGGCCAUCAACAUUUUACUAAUUCAGUACGGUUACGUCAGCAUAUACGGGAACCUUUACAUUCGAUUUUCCAAUAACUUUGAGCUUAGAUUAAUCCAAAUGAGCUUCUAUCAUUUCAGAUGUAAGGCUUAUAGGAGAUGAAUCAAAGGCUCCUUUCUCCACAUCUGCUUCCAUUCUUUUCCAUCACGUUUUUUCCCUGUCAUUUUUUUCUUCUAUUCAGCUCGUCUUCGGUGUUAUAUAACAAAUCACUCGAUAAGUCGUGUGACUAACCAAGAAAACACAUUUUUUUGCGAAAAAUCGAUUAUAUUCAUCAAUUUAAUCUCCUUCAAGACUAAUACAAUCAUUCCAACGCUUCUCUAAAUUUUUUUGAGAUCAGCAAAUAGCCAGUAGUCACUGGGAGACAGAUCUGGACUAUACGGUGGAUGAGGAAGCAAUUCAAAAUGUAAUUCGUUCCAUUUAACCACCGACUUGUGAAUGGAUGUUUUGUCUUGGCGAAACAGUGGUUUUUUCUUCAAUAUAUGAGGCCGUGUUUCCUUGUUUUUUCAUUCAAACUCUCCAACAACUCGUUAUUGAUUGUCUUUCCCUUUUAGAGAUUGUCGAUGAACAAUAUUUCAUACGCAUCCCAAAAUAUUGAAGCCAUAACCUUCCCAGCUGACUGUUGUGCCCUUGGACGCUGUAGUCCACUCAAAUGAUGAUCGUUUCGAUUCCGGAGUGAAGUGAUGGAUCCAUGUUUAAUUCAUUGUCACAUAUCGACGCAAAAAACCUGAUUUAUUACGUGUAAACACUGCUCAAAAUCAUCAACACGUUAUUGCUGAGCUUGUACAGUAUUAACACACGAAAUUGUUCAUAACUUCAUAAACGUGAAAUGGAUGUGAUAACGUUUUAAAUUGGUUUCAAAUUCAAAUGUUAUUCCUUGUUUUGUAGUAUCUUGUUUCACUUAUAAUCAUCUCAUUUCUGUACUAUGUAUUUCGCUUUUUUGUUUCUGUUUACUUUUUGGCUAGAAACUGUGUAUUAGUUUAUCACUUAUUCCAGUCAACCAUAUUGUGUUAAUGUCAUUUUGAACACUUCACUCUUUGAGAACAAUGAUAUCAAUUUUUUCGUCUAGCAUCAACAACUUCUUACUUUGAUUAACUAUAAAAUUAUCUUUUAUUUUUUUUUGUCCAAAAAUUUAUUUAGUACUCAAGCUUAGUCCAUUUCAAUGAACGGGAUUUAAAUGAAUGAGACAUUCUGUAUAUAUCAUAUCAUGGUUAUGUUUACUUAUUAACGGUUUCCUGUAGUUAACCUUACACUGUUUUCACUACAAAGUUAAAUGUAGCAUUGACUUAUGUGUAUGAUAAGAAAUUAUUAUCAAACGACUGUAGUUUAUAUUUGCAUAAUAAUCAGCAUUUUAUACCAGACGUUAAAAAAAAAAAAAGUAUUGGAUUACUCUGUAUAAUAUCCGAUUGCGUUCGUAGUUUUCAGUUCACGUGUCGUCGUAUAUUUUCAAUUUUCUCUCUGUGUUAGCAAAUUGUCUAGAAAUAUACACCAAGCAGAUCCAAGAUGUUUCUCAACCAAACGGUUCUUGGGGUUGGACUACCACUGAAGAAUUACUUGCCACUGAAUCUACAGAAUCUAUAUCAGACUUGAGGAUGCAAAUAGCCGAUUUAAAAAAUGAAAAAUCGGAUUUAAUGGCAAAACUCGAACAACUCGAUGCCGAUAAUCAAGAAAAUUUGAUCAAUAUAAUGCAAAUGAAGGAAAAAUUGCAAUACGAAUUGAAUGAAUUGAACAAUAACUAUAUUAGUGUUAAGGAAGAAAAUAAAAUUCUACUAGAAAAAGAAGAAAAGUUGAAAAAUGAAGUACAACGUUUAGAACAUCAAGGUGUGGCAUCUGGUGAAGAUUACGUACAAAAGUGUGAAGAGCUUACAGAAGUAAAUCAGAAAAUCAGUGAUGAGCUGCAACAAUUACGAAACGAACUAAAUAUUACAAAAAAAUCAAAUGAAACAUUACAAAAAUUGUUAAAAGACACUAAAAAUACCGAAGAAUUAGCCGAAAGAGAAAAACUGAAAAAAAUAGAAAGCGAAAACAAACUACUAUACUCCGAAUUAAAAAAAGCGAACGAAGCUAUAUCUACAUAUGAAAUAAAAAGUUUAGAAGAUGAAGAAAACUACAAUAAACUAGCAAGAAUAUUGGAAACAUACGACAAACAAGUUAGUUGUUUGAAAAAAGAAAUUGAAAACAUUUCGAAAUUGUACGAAGAUGUCCAAAUUAAACUCGCAAAUAGUGAAGACACGUGUAAAAAACUGUGUGAUGAUAAAGAAGAAAUGAAAACAGAAUAUAAUAAAGAAAUCUUGAUAUUAAAAGAAGAAAUAGAAGAACAUUUGAAAAUAAUAGACGAAACGACGAAGGAAAAACAAAAUAACACAAAAGACAGAGUAGAAGUUCUUUUAAAAGAAUUAGAAAGUUUCAAAAUAGAAAAUGAGAAUCUUAAGAAACAUAAUGAAGAAUUAGUUGUUAAGGCAACGGGAAGAAUGGACAUGGACUUGGAAAACGAAUUAGAAGAUAUCCAAGAAGAACAUGAAACGCGCUUGAAUAUAUUGAGAGAAGAACUGGAGUUACUAAAACAACAGGAAUCUAAAAAUAGAACUGACGAAUUGAAAUUCGUAGAAUUAGAAGAAGAAAAGCUAUUAUUACAUAGGGAACUAAAAGACGUUCAAGACGAAUUAGAAGCACUGAAGAAAAAUCAUAAAGCUAGUUUACAAGGACUCCAUGAUAAGUAUGUAAAUAUAAUUACAGAAAAUAUAAAAAAAUUCCAGGAAUGUGAAAAACCUUCAGAUUUCCAAUACUACAUACAAGAAGAUGAUCCUCAAGUGGUUGAAUUGAGUAAACACGUCGAAAGUAUAAUGAAAAUUCUAUUAGAUUUCAAAUGUAAAUGUGCAGAGCUAGAAACAAGAAUAAUGGAAUUGGCGGAAGAAAAAAAUAGUAUACUGGUUGAAAAGAAUAGAGAAAUAGAAAAACUUAUACAAAAUUCGGAUGUAUUGAGUCAAGAAAUUUUAACCAAAACUCAGUCAUUAAAAGAAUUCGAAAACGAAUGUAAUGAAAUGGCUAAAAAUAACGAACUGCUCAUUUCCGAAUUGGAAACGUUGAAAAACAAUCCAGUAUUACAAACAAUAUCAGAAUCUAACGAAGACAACAUGAUCUUAUUGGAAUCGCAACUAGAAAAUGCUAAUAAAAGAAUAGAAGACUUGGAAAGGAUAAUUGAUGAUUUGGAAAGGAACCAAAUAAGAAAAGAUAGCCUUGAAGAUACUAGCGAUCCUGAAAAUGCUGUAAAACAACUCGAUAUUACAGAAAAAGAAAUUGACGAUAAGAAAAAAGAUUACGAAGAAUUAUUAAACAAUUUCGAUCAACUCCAAAUAGACAACGACUAUUUAAAGAAGGAAUUCGAACGACUCAAUGAACAAUUAGAAUUUUCUAACGAAGAUAAUAAUGAGUUGAAAGGAAAUUUAGAAAAAUUAAAAAGUGAUUACGAAAACACCGAAUAUCAAUUGAGCGAGGUAAACAUCAAUUGCGAAGCAUUAAAAGAAGAAAUAGAAGAAUACAAAACUAAAUUAAAAUCACUUCUAGCUGAAAAUACAUAUUUAAAAUUGCAAAACGAAGAUAAUUCAAGAAAAUAUUUAGAUUUCGAAACCAAAAUGAAUGUAUUAGAAGAAAAACUCGCAGAAGAAGAUGAUAUUAAGAAGAAUUAUGAAAAGCAAUUAGAAGUUGUAACGGAAAAAUUGAAAAACGCAAAAAUGGCAGAAACAAGUCUCAAGUUACAAUAUGAACAAAAGAGCAAAGAAUUGGCAGCACAAUUAGAAGAAAGAUACAAUCUAGAAUUAUCUUUAAACAAAAUAAAUGCCGAUCUGGCAGAAUUUCAAAACAAUUUCGUCGAAUUACAAAAUACAAACGACAAGUUAUUGUUAAAACAAAAAGAAUUAGAAAACGAUGUAGCCGAAAAAGAAGAAACUAUAAAACGACUAGUAACAAAUCAAACCGACAAACAAGAUGACAACAAUUUAAAAUUAAAACUAGAACAAACCUCAUUAGAAAACGCUAACCUACAAACUGAGUUAUCACAAGUAAAGGCACAGCUAAAAGAAACUACAGAUCAAUGUACAAAUUUAAAACAACAACUACAAGAAGUUACAAAUUCCAGAAACGAAUUAAUCAACAUGGUUACGAUGAAACAUCAAGAAAACGUAACUUACCAUAACGAAAUUCAAAGAUUAAACCAAAUAGUCACUACGGAAGUGGAGAAAAAUAAAAAGUUUGAAGAGCAAUUUAAACAAUUACAAUCUAACGAUUCAGAAAUAGAAAAAUUGACGGAUCAAAAUAAUUUUUUGAAAGAAAAAUGCGAAGUUAUAGCUAAGAAUCUAUUAGAAGAACAAGCUAAAUCGCAACAAUUGAUAGCCGAACGGUCCGAGAGAGAAACGACGCUUCAAAAAAAAGUCGAUAGACUUCAAGCGCAUCUCAUUGAAUUAGAAGAGCAUUAUACGCAAGAACUUGUACAAACCGAGCAAAAGAACUCGCUUCUAGCGGCUAAACUUUCAGAAAUGGAAGAAAGGGAGAAGAAUUCCAGUACGAUGUAUACGUCGGUUAAUAUAAGGGCGAAUCAACAAGUAGAAUCGUUGCAGAGUCAAUUGCAAGGGGUUAUCACCGAGAGGGAUUCUUUGAGGAAGCAGAUUUCUGACGCCGAAGACGAAAAUUCUAAACAAGCGGCCGCGUUGGCUAAUCUACAGUUCGUUCUAGAACAAUUCAGAAAAGAUAAAGAGAAAGAUGUAAUGCAAGAAACUGAACGAAUUCGACGACAUAUUAAUACUGAGAAACAAAUACAAGAAGAGCUUCGAAAAGAAAUAGCUAAUCUCAAGUCACAGCUGGAAGAACGUACGCAAGGUCUAUUAGCAGCUUCGAGGAUAUCAGAUCAGCUGGAAGUAUCAAAAAAAACUAUUAAUGGAUUGAAAGAUGAAGUAUCCCAACUUCAAACUAAACUCACGAAAACUGAGGAAGAACUAAGUAAAGCUGUUAGCAGUACCGAUGGAAAAGUAGAUAAACUGUUAAUAAAAAACCUCAUUCUGGGUUAUGUUAUGUCAAAUAACAAUAUGAACAGGGAUCAAGCACAAGUUUUAAAAAUAAUAUCUACAGUAUUGGAUUUUAAUCAACAGGAUCAUGAAAAAGUGAAACUCAACAAACCGCAGCAGGGUUGGUUGGCCUCACUCCUAGCACCAAAUCCUGAAAAUAAGAUGUCAGAAGAAUCUUUAUCAAAGGCUUUUAUACAGUUUCUUGAAAACGAAUCGAAACCUCGAGUAGUUCCAAGUUUACUUGAUAAUAAUACUAUUUCAGUGCCAUCAAAUGCUUCUACUAAGUCAUCAAGCAGUACAUCCAGUACUCCCAGACAAACGCCUAUAGUACUCAGUGAAAUAGUCUUACCUACUUUCACAGAAUUUGCACAAAAUAGAAAUUCCAGUUCUAUAUUAAAAGAUGUACUAAAAGAUAAUAGUUGAAGUACUUGGUAAAUUUUUAAGAUUACAACAAUUGUAAAAUUAACUAUUUAUAUGAAAUGUAUUAUGUAUAUUUAGAAUUGCGCAUUUUAUACAGCUUUUUAUUUGUAUAUAGAGAUGUAAGAGUCUUAUUUAUUUAAAUAAAUUUUAAAAAGU